UUAUUUAGCAUCAAUAGAAGCACCUAUUUUUUCAUCAAAAUCAUGUUCUAUCCCAUCUGUAAAUGCAACAUGGAAUACACAAGGUACACUAUUUAUUAAUCGACAUGGUCGAUGUCUUUCAAAUGAAAAUGAAUUAUGUGGUCCAAGCGAUCUAUUUAUUGAUAAUAUUCAUGAUACUCUCUAUGUUGUUGAUACGAAUAAUGAUCGAAUACUAAAAUAUUUGUUAAAUGAAAUCUAUGACACAGAAGUAGGUGCAACUGGUAUUACUGUUGCUAAUCAAGAUCUUAUUUCACCACAAUCUAUUUUUGUUGAUACUAAUACAGAGGAUAUGUAUAUUAUAGAUUUUGGUCAAAAAUACGCACGUAGAUUACAAUAUCAUGCAUCUUAUCGAAUUCAUUUAUGGAAGAAAAAUGAAAAUGAUGGAAAAAUUUUAAUAAGUGAAGAAGGUGAAUAUUUAUUUGGGCAAGCUCGCCCUCAUCUUACAUUGGAUAAAGAAAUGAAUAUAUAUAUUGGAACAAGAUUUUAUAUUAGGAAGUGGUUAGCAUCAACAGAUUAUAUGGAAAAAAUUUUUCUCGCUGGAAAAAAUCAGUACAAUCCAAACCAAAUGACUGAUUUAUUCGAUCCAGUGGGGUUUGUUGUUACCGAUGAUUUGACAUUAUAUAUAGCUGACUGGAACAAUAAACGUAUUCAAAAAUGGACAGCUAAUGCAACGGAAGGUACGACAGUCGUAGGAAAUUUAACGUAUGUUAUAGCAAUAACAAUGGAUUGUAAUGGAUAUCUUUAUUAUAUUGAUACAUAUAAGUAUACUAUUACUCAAUUAAAUAUAGUGACAAAUCAAAGUCGAAUUAUUGGUGGUUUUCAAGAUGAUUUAAAAAAACUUAUGCUUCAUUCGCCAACCGCAAUUCGAAUUGAUAAAUUUGGUAAUCUUUUUCUUCUCGAUGGUAACAAAGUAUAUAAGUUGUCUAUCGUGCAGAAAUAAUAUUUGAGUUAUUUUUUAUAAAUCUUCAUUUUCAUGAAUAA